AUGGCGGCGCGCUGGGAGCGUAGCAUCUGCGUUUCCAGGAGCUUGGCUGGGUGAGUAGGUUUGGAUUCUCGGCUUGUGCAGGCCCCAGCUACGCACGUCGUCCUGCUACUACUUUGGCCUAAAAGAUGGCUCUAAGCAAAUCAAUGCAUGCAAGAAAUAGAUACAAGGACAAGCCACCUGACUUCGCAUAUCUGGCAUCCAAAUAUCCAGAUUUUAAGCAGCAUAUUCAGAUAAAUCUGAAUGGGAGAGUAAGUCUUAACUUCAAAGACCCUGAAGCAGUCAGAGCUCUGACUUGUACUCUCCUGAGAGAGGACUUUGGACUUUCUAUUGACAUUCCUUUAGAGAGACUAAUUCCCACAGUUCCCUUGAGACUUAACUAUAUUCACUGGGUAGAAGAUCUGAUCGGUCAUCAGGAUUCUGACAAAAGUACUCUCCGAAGAGGAAUUGACAUAGGUACUGGGGCAUCCUGCAUCUACCCCUUACUUGGAGCAACCUUAAAUGGCUGGUAUUUCCUGGCAACAGAAGUGGAUGACAUGUGCUUCAAUUAUGCUAAGAAAAACGUGGAACAGAAUAACCUAUCUGAGCUCAUUAAAGUGGUCAAAGUGCCGCAGAAGACACUCCUGAUGGAUGCGCUGAAGGAGGAGUCUGAGAUAGUUUAUGACUUCUGCAUGUGCAAUCCUCCCUUUUUUGCCAACCAAUUGGAAGCCAAGGGUGUAAACUCCCGGAAUUCUCGAAGACCUCCACCUAGUUCUGUGAAUACAGGAGGCAUCACAGAAAUCAUGGCAGAAGGAGGUGAACUAGAAUUUGUUAAAAGGAUCAUCCAUGACAGUUUACAACUUAAGAAAAGAUUAAGGUGGUAUAGCUGCAUGCUGGGAAAGAAGUGCAGCCUGGCCCCACUGAAGGAAGAGCUUAGAAUCCAGGGGGUUCCUAAAGUUACCUUCACGGAGUUCUGUCAGGGUCGGACAAUGAGAUGGGCCUUAGCUUGGAGUUUUUACGAUGAUGUCACAGUACCGUCACCUCCAAGUAAACGAAGAAAAUUAGAAAAGCCAAGGAAACCCAUUACAUUUGUAGUGCUGGAGCCUGUGAUGAAAGAAUUGUCUCUGAAAGCCUCAUCUUUGGGCUCCGAGGCAGUGGAGGGCAUAGUAGUUGUGACAACAUGGAUAGAAAAAAUUCUCACUGAUCUGAAGGUCCAACAUAAACGAAUUCCCUGUGGAAAAGAAGAAAUUAGCCUAUUCCUGACAGCCAUAGAAAACUCUUGGAUUCAUUUAAGAAGGAAGAAAAGAGAGCGAGUGCGCCAACUGAGGGAGGUGCCUCGAGCUCCUGAGGAUGUUAUCUUAGCCUUGGAGGAGAGAAAGCCCACUCCCAAAGAGCUGAGUGGCAGCCAGGAUGCGGCCGCAUGCCCCCAAGACAGUGCCUUGUGUGGGCUUGCUGUGCUGGAAGGCGAGUCUGCCACUGUGGGUGGCCAUUGCUUCAGCCAGGAGUCACUGUCCCAGGAGGAAACUCCAGAAGCCAUGGAGGAUGAAGGGAGUGAGGAAAGGGGAGGGGUAGAGGUCAUGGAAAGUUGUAAAUUUUCCAACAAUGGAGCCCAGGACGGAGAGGCUGCUGAGAAGGGGGAUCACCUGGACGGAGUGGCCGGACAUUACUUGUUUAAGUGUUUAGUCAACAUUAAGAAGGAAGUAGACGACGCCUUAGUUGAAAUGCAUUGGGUUGAGGGCCAGAACAGGGAUUUGAUGAACCAGCUUUGCACCUACAUACGGAACCAAAUUUUGAGGCUUGUUGCUAGUUAAUUCUCAAUUUCUUCUGCAGUUAGAAAAGUGUCUGUGUGGGGCUAGAGAGUUGGUGCAAUGGCCGCAUUUGCUUAGUAUGCAGAAGGCAUCCUGGGUUGAGCCCUUUACCUCCAACAUCAAUACAAAAAAUGUAUAAAAAGCUUGCCUUGGAGGCGGAGCCUGUUGGAAGGCCAGAGGAACUUCACCACUGGUCCUUUAGAGACCACGUGGAAUCAACUGACCAAGCAGACAUUUAGUGGGUGUGGUCUCUGAUACUUGUAAUCCCAGUACUUGGAGGCUGAGGCAGGAUUGCUAUGGGUUUAAGGUCACCCUAUACUACAGAGAAAGACACUUGUCUAAAUAAAAAGAAGAAAAAAAGGAAAGCAGAAACGAAUCCAUUUUUAACCCUUCCCCCCUUAAAGUUACCUGGAGAUGUGUGUAAAGAACAGGGGUUCAGGAGGAAUGACUAUUGCAACAGCAGAUAAACUUAGGAUGAACUUUGAUCCUACUCCAGCCUGAGGCCAGGGGGGCCGUUUGUGGCACGUGGUGUGGGUCAGCACUGCCUGAACAUGUCUGCCACUAAGGGUCUUUUGGUAAAGAGGACAGCAGUGCUCCCCAGUAGAGGCAGUACAGCAGGUCAGCGCCCUGGCACUGCUCAGUUGCCCUCAAGACACCUGCUUUCUCAGGUAUCUACAGUUGAUGGAGCCAGUCCCCAGAAAGGGGCUAGCCCGGUCAUAGGUGGCCAGUGUCAGGGUGAGGGGUGAGACAUCUUAGGCCAAGGAGAGGACCUGUCUGGGGCCCGCACAGGAAGCCACACAUUCGUCGCUCACUGCUGCCCUGACAGAGCCUGAAUAAGCUCAGAAUUGAAUAAGCAGAACUCUGAGAUGUAGCUGAGGCACAACAAAAUGUGCCCAUCGCCCCAUCCCCGCGGACAGUUGCUCUGUAGCAGUUGCACUGCUCUUUUUAAACAGUGAAAUGGAUUAUGUUUCUUUUUUCUAAUAUAAAACUUCAGAAUUGAAAACUCUCGAUCUUGUUUGAAUCCUGGAAUCGGAGAUACUUCCUUGUAUUUGAGUUGGGUAAAUAGUUGAUGUGAAAAAUGGGACACUAAGAAAGGUCCUGUGUUACCAAGUAGGGUCUGGAGGUAUGUCAGUGGGAGAGUAUUCACCUAGAUGUGUGAAGGCCCUGGUCUCUAUCCUCAACACAAGAGAAAACAGGUUUUGGUGUGGUUUAGAGGGUUGUCAACUGAUUUUGACAACUGAUUUUAUUGACCAAAUGCUGCUUCAUUUGGUGCCUUUCCUUCAUUCUCUGCUUAUCUGCUAACAUUGAACAAUGCUGAGACUAGGAUAACCGUGUCUGAAACACAUUUUUAAUGGUAAUGCCAAGGUUCUGCAGAAACUUAUGGGGGAGAGCUCAUUUUUGUUCUUUUUGUGUCUUGGAAAUGGUCUCUUGUGCCGGAUUCCUGACUAGCAAGUCUGGGGUUCUAUAUGGACAAACUCUUGUUUAGUGCCUGAGCUCUUUGGCACCCAUGAAGACUGGUGCUGAGUGGUUAAGCUCCAUUUUUGAGAGGUGGCUCGGAUUAGAUCUGGCCCUUGGCAAAAGUAUAAGGAAAUGCAAACGGUACAGUGCAUUGAAAGCUAGGAAAGAACAUUUUAGCCAGGGUUUUUCUUCCUCCCACCCCUUCCCUCUCGGGAUCUGAUUCACUCACAGUGAUUAGAAACCAGCUAAGGAAAAGUUCUAGUCCAUUUAUCCAUUUGGUUGACAAGAAGAAGAAACCGACAUCCACGGUCACAGAACAG